GGUAACACUGAUUCAAAGAAAAAAAUAAAAAAAACAUGGAAACGUCGUAAUCAAUUUGAUUUUAUUAUUUGCAGUACAGUUAAUUUUGGAAGUUGAAUUGAAUUGAUUAUUUUACGGAAAAGUUAAAAGUAUUCUUUCCAAAUGAUGCUAGAAAUCAAUGACGAUGCUCUUCAGAUGGAGUACACCACCGAAACGGUCGAGGUUGAAGAAAUAUGUGACGAUCAAAAUCCUGCGAAAAAGUUUAAAAAAGUAGUGAAAACUUACGAUCCGAAAUUUGGAACUGACUGGAAAAAUGACCCAAGUUACAAGAAUUGGGUAGAAAAACCUAGGAAAGAUGACGAUCCUACGUUCCAGUAUGAAACUACCGAAACUACGGAAUGCAUUGAAAUUGAUGCCAAUGGUCAAAAACAUCAAACUAUUGAAGUGAAAAAUGUUCGUAAACCUGGUCCUUCUAACGUUACUCCAGCGAAAAAUAAUCGAGCUGUGAAACGUCAAAUUAAAGUUAUGGAUCCAAAUCUACCCGCUUUUGUUUGCACCGAGCAUAACGAGAAUAUAUCUUUGGAUUGUCGAUAUUGUCGUAUAGCGUCUGGCUUUAAGAAGAAAAGCGCUCCAAAGAAUGUUCAAAAUGAUGAAAUAUCAUCUAGCGGUAAAGUUACUGUCGCUAUUCCUAAACCGAAUGCUACGCUUUUGCAACCGAAGAAUCUGACUGACGGAAUAUUCAUCGAAGCCCCUUCGGAUUCCUUAAGCGGUAGUUGUGUUACGGAUCCUUCUACAUUUCUGCAGAAAAAUCCUACUCAAGGGAAAUACGUUCAAAAAUUUCGCCCUGAAUGGCUCUCACUUCCAGAGUUUAAGGAUUGGUUAAUCGAAGCCAAAAUGUACGAAGAUAGCGACAUUAGCUGUGCAAAAUGUAAAUAUUGUGGAACUUUGUUAGUAAAUAAUUCGAACAAUUUAGUCAGGCACGCCAUAUCUAAAAAACAUAUGAAAAAUAUGGAAACCGAACCUCCCGAGCUGAUGCAACACCAGGUUGGCUUUGUGGCAAAUAAAGUUGGAAAUAAAACCGAAGAAAAAGAUUGUAAGGAAGAUAUAUUUGGGAGAUAUAUCGCCAGUGAGUUGAAGAGAAUAAAGAGUAAAAAAACGUAUGAAGAAGUUAAAUGGAAAAUUCUGCAAGCCCUUCAAGCCGCCGCCGAAAAAGAAACCGACGACUCAGAACCUUCUUUGCCUUGAUAGUUGAUUUUUUUUGUCUAUACUGAUAUUUCAUUGAAAUAUUUUCUAUCGAUUGAUCUUUGUCUGUAAAAUUAUUCGUAUUCAUUACGUUCUUAUUUUACAGAAAUUAACUAAUUUUAAGGAAAGGCAAUUCCACAAUUCGGUGUUUUUUAAAACAAAAUCAUAUUGUAUAUUUUCCAAACUGUAAGACCUACUAGUAUUAAUCACCUACGGAUACGCUGAAUGUUUGUAAAUAAAAACGAGAGAAACAAUUAUUUUUAAUUGAUGUCUCGAAAAUAAAUAAUUUUUUGUUCACGUUU